GACAUUUCAAAACAAACACCUAACCUCACAAAUACGACAUUGAAAAUGUAAAUAAACAUUUCACAUGCGCAAAAUAAAUAUUAAAACAAUAAUUUUACUGGUAAUGCUGUUAAAAAGAAUGGUUCACACAAAAUGUCGCGGUUCUACUUACCCGUUUAGCGACAUUGUUAGAUUUAAAAUAUCAGAUGAGCAAGUUCCAUGGAACGUUUGUGUACCGGAUUACGAUCCUCCCGAAUACAAUUCUAAAGUACUCUUAAACAAACCUUGGGCGGAUCCGCCUAUCGGCGAUUGUUCGUUCAAACCCAAGUGGAACGAAUUGGAUGGGAAUAUUAAUAGGAAAAGUCAUAGUGGAGCAUAUACUGUAUUAAAUGGAAGGCCUUUGAAUCCCGAAGGGAGGACUGGUAUUAAAGGACGAGGAGUUUUAGGGAAAUGGGGGCCCAAUCACGCCGCUGAUCCCAUAGUUACUAGAUGGAAGAUGGAACACAAUCGUAAAGUUAUAAACUCUACUACAAACUUACCCGUUCUACAAUUUUGCGCGAUUCAAAGGAAGGAUUGCAAGCAAUGGGCCUUGCCUGGCGGAAUGGUAGACCCAGGUGAAAAGGUAAGCGAAACGUUGCAACGCGAAUUCCUCGAAGAAGCCCUCAACAACAUGGAAGCUUCUAAAGACCAAUCCGAAAUCGAUACGAAAAUGAUAAAGGAUUUCUUCAAGGAGGGUUCGGAAAUCUACAAAGGGUAUGUUGAUGAUCCUCGGAAUACUGAUAACGCUUGGAUGGAAACUGUGGCUUACAAUUUCCACGAUGAAAACGGCCAUCAUGUCGGUAAAUUCGACUUGAAAGCCGGCGAUGACGCCCAAAAUGUUAAAUGGAUGGAUAUCGAUAAACACAUCGAUCUCUAUGCAAGUCACUCCAAUUUUAUCAAAACCGUGGUCGAUAAAUUAAAAGCUCACUGGUGAAAUUAAUUUUUAUUGUCGUUGUAAAUGUUUACACGUUGUCUUUAUUUUUACUAAAAAUAUUCUGAUACAAUUUUAAAAGUAUGGGAGAUGUAUUAACUAUACCCUACUUAAAAACUAGGAGGAGCAUUUCGAGAAGUCUGACUUACACCUAAGAAAGUUACUAGAAAAUUUGUAAGCAAGAAUAAUAAAGUUUUACAGCGUGAACUUGACUCGUAAUUAACCAAUAAACAAACGCGAGUGUUGCCAACUUAAAUUCAAAUCGCUCCUCCUAGUUUUUAAAUAGAGUAUAAACUGUUAGGUGCAAUAAUAAUUUAAGUUUCCCAUUUCACGGGAUGUCCCAUACCUCCAUGUAAAUGCUUCAAUAAAAUAUGUCUCAUACCGCACACGCCCUUAUUAUCAUCGCCGUCCCAGGGAUAAACGUUCACCCCGC